AUGGCUGAAAAUGCAUCUUUAGCCGAGUGCAAGAACCUCAUCAAAUCAAUAUCAACAACGAAUGAUCUCAAAGUAGCGAUGCUAGCUGCGAAUACUAUUCAAAAAUGCAUUGAUGACCGCACUUGUAAAAUAUGCUCCAAAGAAUUCGAUCCAGAUGUCAUUUUCCGACAACGAGCUUACAUCUCAAACUGCUCUCAUCAAUUUUGCUACGGUUGUCUUGCUGAAGAAGCUGGAAAUACCAAGCGGUUGCCUUUAUGCCAAACUUGUAGCAGCGCUUUUGCACUGGCCGAUGUUCGAAUUCUGAAGAACUGA